AUGGAAGCUUUCACGCGCCUAGUGGACUACGUUGUCGAAUACGAGUCUGAAUUCAGUGCUGCAUCAAAGGACAUCUCGAAGAACGCUCUUGUGAUGCAACAAGACGAGCUGAGAGAGAUGUGGUGCAAAGCGAAAGCUGCCCAUGACGACCUCAACAGCAAAGGGGACAUGUCUGCAAAGGACUAUGCCCUUAUUAAAAAAAAAUUCAAGCUAGGUGGUCAAUGCUACAUACGUUGCAUGGGGGCAAUGAAGGAUAUGUCUGAGAUCCUCUCAACCCCCAAAGACACAGAAAAGUCUGCUGAGGUAGACAAUAACCACUCCCUUCCGCCUUGCGAUACCGAUGUUUUCAAAGGGGACUACCUUUCAUGGCCAACAUUCCGGGAUAUGUUCACGGCCGUAUACAUCAAAAGCAAGCGCCUGUCACCUGUUGAGAAAUUAUACCAUCUCAACAAAAAGACUCAAGGGGAAGCGAAGGUUAUUGUGUCUAAAUGCCCUCUUACCAACGAUGGUUUUGCGAUGGCAUGGAAGGGUUUAACUGACAUGUACGAGAAUGAGCGAAUUCUCGUCGAAACCCAAGUCGACAUACUGCUCGACUUACCGUCAAUCGACAAAGAGUGUUCCAGUUCGAUAAAAUGGCUACAGCGGGAAAUCAACAGCUGCAUCUCCUGCCUGACAGCCAAUAAAGUGGACAUUGGGAACUGGGACCCAAUCAUAAUCCGCAUAUGUUCCAAGAGACUGCCACAAGCAACAUUAGCCCUGUGGGAACAGUCUGUAAAGAACAAAACAAAAACGUCAAAGUGGGAGGAAUUGGACAACUUCCUCACGGAUAGAUACCGUGAUUUAGAGGCAAUAGAACGUGCCAAGAAAUCGUCCAAUUCUGUAAAGCCUGUCAGUGCACCCACACAGAACAAAUACAACAACAAUAGCCAUCAGAACAGACUCGGCGCCUUCCAAGUAAGCGUUGAGAAAUCAACAUGUCUGAUGUGCAAAAGCGCAGAUCACAAAUUAAGAUCUUGCCCCAUGUUUCUUAACAUGGCACCAGCGGACAGGAUCAAGUUCGCUAAGCGCAACAAUCGCUGCAUCAAUUGCCUCGGCUUUGGGCAUUUAGUGUCGCAAUGCACCAGUGCAUUCAACUGCAGCACGUGCCACGCGAGGCAUCACACACUCCUACAUGUGAGGACAGUGCAGCCUAGCAGCCAAAGAGGCUCAUCUACGCCAUCGGACGAGAUUCCGUCUACGUCCAGGCAAGCGCAGCAGAAACGCAACUUCAAUGAGUCGAAAGGCAAGCCAACGACUCAAGUACAGUCGUGCUUCGCUAACAGCGACAAAGGUGUCUUGUUAGGAACGGCACAAAUAAGCAUAAAUUACAGCGGCGUUACUUAUGCCGCAAGAGCACUCAUCGACUCCGGGUCAGAGUGCUCUUUCAUCACAGAAAGGCUGAAGCGCAGAAUCAACUUGCCAGUGCGGAAGAUAAAUGCCCAGGUGUCAGGCAUCAACAACACCGUAUCUGCGCAAGUGAAGGAAUCAUGUUGUGUCGAGUUGCGGUCACCAAUAGACCCACUUAUAUCGAUCACAACGAACAUGAUGGUUCUGCCGAAAUUAACGGGAAACUUGCCGACUUGCCAUAUUAGCGCACUAACUCGGCAGGCUUUCCCAGAUCUCACGUUGGCGGAUAAGAGGUUCUUCGUCAAUGAACCCGUGGACGUCAUACUCGGUGGUGACGUCUAUCCCCAGAUUAUGCUGGAUGGCAUACGCAAGAACUUAGCUUCGUUCUGGGAAUUGGAAGAGAUCUCCAAGGAAAAGAAAUUAAGCGAGGAGGACAGGUACUGUGAAGAGCUCUAUAAAGAGACAACGAAGCGAAAUGAAGACGGGAAAUACGUUGUAUCGCUACCAUUCAGGAAAGACUAUCCGGUCAACAUUAGUCUAGGUAGUUCCUUAAAGAUUGCGUACUCCCAGUUUUAUCGCAAUGAAGCUCGUUUGUCCAGAGACGAGAACCUGCAAAAAGAAUACAACAGAGUGUUAAACGAAUAUGUUGAGCUGGGUCAUAUGGCAAAGAUACAUACCAAUCAAACGGCCGACUCUAGUAACAACUAUUACCUGCCUCACCACGCCGUAAAAAAGGAAGAGAGCACAUCGACAAAGGUGCGUGUGGUGUUCAAUGCAUCGCAAGCCUCUUCAAACGGCACUUCGCUGAAUGACAUCCUUCUCCCCGGUCCAGUUCUUCAGGCAGAUUUGACCAUAUUAAUUCUGCGAUGGCGUUUAUUUAAAUAUGUUUUCAAUAGCGAUAUUGAGAAAAUGUAUCGCCAAAUCCUAUUGAAAGCUGAUCAAACGAAGUACCAGCGAAUCGUUUUCCGCAACCAUCCGACCGAACAAACAAAUCUUUUUGAAUUGAAGACGGUAACGUUCGGAAUCAACUGCGCUCCUUAUCUGGCAAUAAGGACGUUACUCCAAUUAGCUGACGACGUUGAAAGCUCACUACCAGUAGCCUCAAACAUACUCAGGAAGUGCAUGUAUGUUGAUGAUGUCUUAGCAGGUGGACACUCUGUAGAGGCUGCAAUUAAAGCUAGAAAUGAGAUAAAAACAGCAUUGGAGUCGGCAGGUUUCCCAUUAAGAAAAUGGACAGCCAACUGUGGAAGAAUUUUACAAGGCCUUCCAAAAGACCACUUGCUAAACAAAGAGUUUUUAGACUUCGAAGACACAAGUGAUGUCAAGGCUCUUGGGAUAAGAUGGAAUGCACAUACGGACUUCUUUUAUUUUAAAACAAAACCAAUACUCAGCCCAGAAUCAUAUACAAAGAGAGCUAUUCUCUCAGAUAUCGCCAAACUGUUUGACCCAUUAGGAUGGCUAGCACCGAUAAUCGUCACAGCCAAAAUGAUAAUGCAACAUAUUUGGUUGGAAGGAACACAAUGGGACGAGUUUGUAUCUCCUACCACAUUGGAUCGUUGGCACACAUUCAUGGAUAACCACAGGUAUAUAAACAACAUUAAAAUUCCACGAUGGGUCCACUUCUCGCCGACGGACGAUGUGUCCAUUCAUGGUUUCUGCGAUGCAUCAGAGAAAGCAUACGCAGCAACGGUCUACCUGCGCGUAAGGACAAGCAACGAAGUUUUCGUCAGCCUACUAUUGGCAAAAACCAGAGUAGCGCCUGUCAAAACUAUCUCUUUACCGCGUCUGGAACUGUGCGGCGCCGUAUUACUGGCCGAAACAGUUGAAUCUGUCGUCAACAACCUGGAGCUGACUCAUCUUAAACUUAAACUAUGGACGGAUUCGACCAUCGUUCUCGCAUGGAUUCGCAAGCCACCAUGUUCAUGGUCAACGUUUGUAUCCCAUCGAGUGACAAAGAUUAUAGAAAAGGUUGGCAACGCAAAUUGGAAUCAUGUCGAUUCAGGAUCUAACCCUGCAGACUUAGCCAGUCGGGGACUUAUGGCACAGGAUUUGGUGGAAAACACCUUGUGGUGGCAGGGACCUUCUUGGCUGCAAGAAGAUCAAUCCAAAUGGCCAUUACGACAAAAUGACUACGAGACGACAAUAGAGGAAAAACAGUCUUGCUUAAUUUCAUCCGAAGAAAUUAAAGCAACGACAAAACGUUUGAUAAUAAAUACGCAGAAGCAGAAAUAUGGUCAAGAGUAUGGUUGUCUGAAAUCCGGUAAGCCCAUCGAUGCAAAAAGUGAAAUCCUCUCUCUUAAUCCAUUCCUCGAUAAAGAUGAAGUGUUGAGAACUGGUGGCCGUCUCGCUCCUCAUAUGGGCGGACUUUGGGAAGCAGGUGUGAAAAGCUUUAAGAGUCAUUUCCGCAAGAUUGCGUCUGGGCAAAAAUAUACUCUUGAAGAGUUCAACACACUCUUAUGCCGAAUUGAGUCUUGCCUUAAUUCGCGACCAUUAAGCCCAGCCUCAAACGAACCUACUGAUUUGGAGCCACUUACUCCAGGACAUUUUUUGGUCGGCGGACAUCUGAUGGCCCCACCAGAACCGGAUAUAAAUGAAAGCAGUGCCUCUAUCGUAAAUAGAUGGCAAAAACUUAAGGCCUUACAUCAAUCCUUCUGCAAAAGGUGGAAAACCGAAUACCUGAAUGAAAUGCAGAAGCGUAUUAAGUGGAAACAUUCCAAAACAAAUUUAAAGACAGGUGACCUUGUCGUCAUCAAAGAAGACAAUUUGUCACCGAACGAGUGGAGAUUGGGUAGGAUUGUCAAUAUACACCCAGGUGCUGAUACCCGAGUGCGAGUAGUUGACAUUAUUACUGAAAAAGGCCAAGUUACAAGACCGCUUGCCAAAUUGGUCUUACUACCACCCUACGAGGAGGAAAACGAGGAUGCACACCCUACUCAACACAACAGUUCCCUAGCCACAUCGAAAGCCUAG